GGCAAUCAACCCACCACAAACCAACACCCAAUAAUUCAGCCCAUUAGCGAAAAAUACUCAUCACCAGCAUUUCCUUGGGCUCAAAGAUUUUCAACCACUUUUUAGCCUACCAAUGGAAUAUCGUACACUCUCUUUCUCAAUACAAGCCUCUCUCCAGUAACCCAAUGACCCAAUAACCCAGGAAUUCCGUAUUCCUUGUUCAAACAUUAUGUAUUUUACCUCGCACGCCAAAUGCUUUCUUCCAAUUAAAUCCUCAAUAUGGAUUUAUGCCCGUAUUCGGUCAAGCACUAGUUGAUAACUCAAGACUUCAUCCGCGUCCUUUGCUGGCCGGAACACCUUUUUCCUCCAGGGAUUCGUUCUACUCUCCUUCAAGGAAGGCAUAAGGAGACACCAAUCCUGGUUCAUCAUGGAAGAAGAGGGCCAUCAUGGGCAAGACCCUCGCGUGCUUCCCAAGCUACAAGACUCCACAUAUGGUACCUAGACUGCACUUAUGUCGCCUUAUACAUAUGCAAGCUGGAGUUCCCCAUUUCUCGUCUCUAUAUCAUACCAAAACUUUCCAGUUCUAUUUUUGAAUUGUCUCUCGCCCUUUGAUAUCAUCUGAAAUAUUGUUAAAGCACCUGGCAAUGGCCUCAUGAAAACUAUUGCACUACUAUAUCCCACGGGCCUAAGCACCACGAGCGCUCAAACAUAUUAAUCUUUACUAUCAAUGGUUUCAGAAUAUACCAUAUGACGAUUAUAAACGUUUAACUUCCCAGUACUAUAUUUGACAGACGCAGGAGAACGUCACAACAUCACCUAGUCUUUAUUUUCUUCUGCUCAUAUAUAUAUGACCGGCUCGGUUCGAGAAUCAGCAAAGUUACACAUCUGACUGUUGUCAUCCUUGUUCAGUUUCGUGUUCCUCUCUUGCGGCUAUUGAUCUUCACUUUUUCAAUGAACGUCUCUUCUUCAACAGUAGUUGGCCAGGGUCGGUGCCCGGUUCCGUUCCUCGAGGCAGAUCUCUUUCCAUCGACGGGUGGUUGUAUGUCUCCACAUUCUUCAUUCCGCUACACCACGCUGACAACAGAUAGUCCUGGAUGGAAGGUUUUGCUCCAGCACUUUGGGAGUUUUUUGUUGCCUACCAUGUCCUCAGAGCGAAUGGCUCUACGGUGAAAGCAUCAACACUCUGACAGAAUCCGCCAAUUGGGUCAAUGUAGUGGCAUUGAUAUGCUCUCUAUAUUUGUUGCUAUGUUUCGCUUUCUUACCGGUAGAGAAGACUCAUAGGCAUUACCUUAGUAUAUGCUUGGUUAUCGCUACAGUAAUUUUGCAGGUGAGUUUAUUAGUCUCGUCUCUUUCUACAAACUGUUUCCUAACAUAUCUUGUCAAAAGUUGGGAUUUAUCAUACCAUUAAGCGCGAAACCCGAACAAUGCUACAACGCGAUCACUCCAAAUGAUAUGAGCACUAGCUUCACUUGUGCAAUUUCCGGCGCACUCAUAAUGGCUGGAGGCUGGUCUGGUGUGAUGUGGGUCUUCUUAAGGUCCCUCGCAUUACACCUACAGAUCUGCUGGCAGGUGGUUAUUGGAAAAUCAUUCAUGUUGGGUGCUUUUGCCACUGGGUGGGGAAUACCAGCAGUUGCAAUAACUUUCGGGAUGAUCUUCAGUGGUGUUUCCUUUCGAUUCGGGAACACUUGCCAUAUUAACCACAAGAACAGUCUAGCGGAUUUCUGGAUUCCUCUUCUUCUUUUCUCAGGUGCCACCGUCAUCAUCCAAUUCGUCACUUUUAUUUAUUGCAUCAAGGUCUAUCUUUCAUCUCUCACAGAUAGUUCAAGUAGCACGGAAAACUCGGGCGUUCUACCUUCGUACACUAACAGUGUUCGUACCGUCUCACCACGACAGGCAUAUCGUCGAGUUCGCCGGGUGAUUGAGUUACAGUGGAGAGGUAUCGCGAUAGUAUUAGUGAUCGUUGCCGAAGUCAUCUUCUUUGCGAUCGUGUUUGUCUUCAUGGAUGAUCUAGAAACGAAUAUCCUCAAGGAUCACAGAAAGGCUGAACAAUGGUUAACAUGCUUACUUCAAACUGCUGGAAAAAAAGAAGAGUGUUUGUCUAUAGCGAGUGAUCUGGUCGUGAAUGAAGCUACAGUCGGUGCAGUUCUCGUCUUGCUAUCCGUUAGUUUUUUUCUAUGCGCAUCCUUGUUCUAUUUGGGUGCUAACAAAUUUUAGUUCAAUGGUUUCUGGGCAGCAUUAUUCCUGGGAAGGAAAGCAAUGUUCACAGGCUGGAUUGAGAUGUAUCGCAGCAAAAUGAGGCCUAACAAUGAAUUCGUUAGUGCCGAUGUUAACGCUUUCAAGGAUCCUAGUGCAUACGAAAUGCUUGAUAAAAAUCGAGACCAACGCGAUAGCAAGACGAUGGAGGCAUGCGAAACUCCGGAUGUUCUUACUCCCGUUUCACCCAUUCGAAAAAGUGGUCGAGAAACACCAGACUACUUUGGCAGGGAAGCAAGAUACAAAUCACCAUCGCGCUCAUUCUCGAAACCCCACCCUCCCCAGUCAUGGGAUUCAACCACAACAUUCGCUCUACCCAUGGAUGCAUACAACACGAAAAAAAUUUGAUUUGGCAGUUCACAUGUAUUUUUCAUUUAUUUUCAAGCAUUUUUAGCGAUGUCUCAAAACAUCCCUUAGUAAAGGGUUAAAUAGGAGUUUAGUGGUAUGGCGGCUUGGCUAGGGGGCGGAGUUCAACAGGGAUAGAAAGGUUAUCUCAUUACACGCGAAACGAAAAGGGUUUCGGGAAUUAGGACGUACCAAAGGCUGGAAAGGCUUGGGAGGUUUAGAUCACCUGCAUGGACCUAUUCAGAUGCUAAAAGGAAACGGACCUGGAACGAAUUCCUUCUCAUUUGUACACGAACACGCCGGUUGGGUAGAAAAAGGACUUGGUCCGGUGGAUGGGAUAUGGAGUCGUAGGAUUAGGUGCAAACAAUAUCCAGGUACUCAUUGAUGGGCAAAAAUGGUCAUCGGACUCAAUAUUCCCAUGGGACCAAUGCUGCUAUAUUGGUAAUAGAAGGUUUGCCAGCUGAGGCUUCAAAUUAGGUGUGGUAUUUAUCUGGCCGGCCUAUAUAAUGAUCUGUAUGUUACUGAUGUUUAUAUUGUAUUAUGAUCGCAUCAAAUCAAAAAUAUUCAAACCAGUUAUUGAGUUUUUUGUCUUAUUACACAAUAAUUGCCUUCUUUCAAAUCACUGCAACUUUAACCUCCACUUACAGGAUGAUUCAUCUCAUCAGAAUCCCUGUAAUAGGAAAUCUUUCGAAAAGAAGCUGCUGCUCGUGGAUUGAUAGCCCUCUUUAGGCCUAGACAUCACACGUCUAGCAGAUUUUAGCUUAGAGCGGCAUUGAAUAGCUCUCGGACUUUAUUCACGCAGCUUAAAUAUGAACGGUUCGGGAACUAAAUCGUCUUGUAAGAAUGGCAGGGAAAUACUGUUAUCUUGCCCUAUUACUUGUAGCAUAUAUAUGCUCAUUGCUUUCCCCGCCUUUGACCCUCUAUAUUGGUUGAGGGUUUAUGGAUCAAACUCAUCAGUGUAGGCACCACUUUAUUUAAAGGGUUGGCCAAUGUAAUCAUAGAGUAAAAUGCGAUUAUUUUCGA